CGGAACUCGGAAGUCCUGUAACGCUAAGCUGUCCUCGCGGGGGUCUCUGGUGCCAGCUGGUCUGCAUCCCUAGGGACCACGAAGUUAGAGUAGCCAAAUAGGAAGUGGGUUCGGACGUGGACUUAGCCUUUUGUCACUGCUGGUGGUGUUCGGAGAGCCUCCGGAUCAGAGAGAGAGGAAAGGAAAGAGGAAGGGACAGAGAGAAACAUCAAUGCAACAAAGAAGCCUGAAUUGGUUGCCUCCUGUACACGCCUGGACCAGGGAUGGUUCACACUCGUACCAGGGACCGAACCUGCAACCUAGCCCACAGGUCCUGGCUCCCCAGGAGCAAGAAACACCAAGUGAAGGAAUGAGGGAAGAAAGGGGAGGUUCUUCAACUUGGGUAUCGUCAUUUUUGGGGACAACUUUAACUGGACACCUUGAUUUCUGCCUCUAAGAACUUCAUGGCAGGUGCAGGAGAGACAAAAGUCAGAGAAUUCAUUUUACUCAAUAUUCCCUGAGCACAGAAGAAAAUGAUGGAAGUCCAGUCUCUUAGGAGGCUGUAAGCCAGAAUGGAGUUUGAUCUGAAGACUCAAGUGAGGAAGGAUGAAUUUGUAUUUUAUUUAUUUGGUUGUUGGCAGAAUUCACUUUCAGAAGGGCUAGUCAAAUGAGAUCCUCAUUUUCUCCUUGUCUGCCUGUGUAAACCAACAUGCCACCUUGUUUCAUCAAAGUCACCAAAAAAUGGAUUCUUGUAGCAAGAUGGAUGAAUUGCUGACAUUGGAGGAUGUGGCUGUGGAAUUCAGUUGGGAGGAGUGGCAGCUCCUGGAUGCUGCUCAGAAAGACCUGUAUCGGGAUGUAAUGUUGGAGAACUAUCACAAUCUGGUUUCACUGGGGUAUCACACUACCAAACUGGAUGCGCUGUCCAAGUUGGAACAUGGAGAAGAACCACAGAUAAUAGAGGAUGAAAUCUAUAAUAUAAGCUGUGCAGAAAUCAAGAAAGUUGACAGUUGCCUGCAAGAGCAUUCUCAAAACCAAAGGAUUCAGAAGAGCAUGCAACAAUGCAGUGAAAGGAAUGCACUUAGGAAUACUGUUCAUCUGAGCAAAACACAUAUGGCCAUAAUGCAAAAUCAUAUGUUGAAAUUAUGUAGGAAAGCUUUUAAAUCAAGGUUAAGUCUAAUUAACCAGAAGAGAAGAUAUGAAGUAAAUGCAGAUGAGAAAUCCUUUUUACAUGGUAAUUAUGAACAAUUGCACACUGAAUUUGAAAUCCCUGAAAGUGAAAAACACACCAGCGCUGAAUUCCGAGUCGUUAAGCAUCAGAAGACUCAUAAAAUAGAGAAGGCCCAAGCAAGCAUUGAAGGUGAGAAAGCCUGCAUCAGAAAACCUUGGUUCAUUUAUCAUGAGGGCAUUCAUACAGAAGAGAAAACCCAUGGAUGUGAUCCAUGGGGGAAAUCCUUCAGAAAUGUCAUGCUCACUAAACAUCAGAAAACUCAAUCACAAGACAAACUUUAUAUAACCAAUGAAUACAGAAGGGACUCUUAUGUGAAGGGUAGUCUCACCAGACAUCAGCAAACCCAUUCAGGAGAGAAAUACUAUGUAUGCAGUGACUGUGGGAAAGGCUUCACUGUGAAGCGCUAUCUAAUUGCACAUCAGCGAACUCAUAGUGGAGAGAAACCUUAUGUGUGCAGUGAAUGUGGGAAAGGCUUCACCGUGAAGAGUAAUCUCAUUGUGCAUCAGCGUACUCAUACAGGGGAGAAACCCUAUAUAUGCAGUGAGUGUGGGAAGGGUUUCACCAUGAAACGCUAUCUUGUUGUACAUGAGCGAACUCACACUGGAGAGAAACCCUAUUUAUGUGAUGAAUGUGGAAAAUGCUUCGCUGUGAAGGGUAAUCUCAUCGUUCAUCAGCGAUCUCAUGCAGGGGAAAAAUCUUAUAUAUGUAGUGAGUGUGGAAAAGGCUUCACUGUGAAGCGCAAGCUCACUAUACAUCAGCGAAUUCAUACAGAAGGGAAAUCGUAUGUAUGUGAUGAAUGUGGAAAUGGUUUCACCACAAAGCACACUCUCAUUAUUCAUCAGCGAAGUCACACAGGAGAAAAACCUUAUGAGUGCAAGGAAUGUGGGAAAGCCUUUACCAGAAGGUCAGGGCUCAAUGUCCAUCAAAGAACUCAUACAGGAGAGAAACCCUAUGGAUGCAGCAUUUGUGAGAAAGCCUUCUCCCAAGUGUCAAACCUUCUUAAACAUAAGAAAAUGCACACAAGAGAAAUGAGUAGGUUCGGUCAAGUUGGAAAUUCCUUUAAUGGGGAGUCACAGCUCAUUACUUACAAGUGAAUUUAUGCAGAAUAAAACCCCUAUUAAUGCAAUCUUUGUGGAAAUGCCUUCUGUGGCAACCAAGACCUCAUUAACAUCAGUGUUUCUAGCAGAUCAGAGUGCAAACACAGUACUGCCUGUUGUCUGAUGUA